AUGCCCCGAACCCCAAGCUCAGACAAAGUCUGGCUUGAAGAUCGCUUUGGUGCUGGUUCUCUGUGGCAACCUGAGGAAUCCGACAUACCAUCAGCCCUCACGGAUUCAGGGGCAAGAACCUUCUUGACUACCGUGGGCUUUCCUGCCGUCAAGCUCCAAUCCGCUGGUUUUGACUCCACCCAUUUAACGAAAGACGCGGGACCCCUAGAGCCCUACGACGCUGACGAGUUGUAUGGCGAGCGCUUUCCUGAUGAUGACUCCCCUCCCACGAACCUCUGCUUCCAUUUCGGAAGUGUUAGUGAGUGGAUGAUAAUGGUAGGUGGAGAGGAUGGGGACGUGUGUCACUAUGAUCCUGCCGGUUGGGACCAUGCAGAUGGGUACCAGGGGAUGAUUGCAGGUUCCCUGAAGAGCUUUGCAGUGCUGUUGGGGAUGCUGGCAGAGGUUGCGGAGAGGCUGGAUAUGGUGGCGGAUAGGUUUAGUGAGGAUGAAGAAAGAGAGGAGGCGCGUAAGGCUAUUCUAGACAGGCUGAGAGAGAGGAUGGUAGAGUAUGAUAAUUGUGUUGAGGAGGGGUCAAAGUUUUGGGAUAACAUAUUUGAGGGUUUGGAGUAG